AUUAAUUCUAAUUCGUUUAAAAGCCUCGUUCUGUUUCUUCUCCUCUGCAACUCUAUCUUCUUCGUCUCUCUUAUUUGAUCUCUUGAAUGUCGACUGAGAAGGAAAGAGAGAGCCAUGUUUACAUGGCGAAGCUUGCCGAGCAGGCCGAGAGAUACGAUGAAAUGGUUGAAAGUAUGAAGAAAGUUGCUAAACUUGAUCUUGAGCUGACGGUGGAGGAAAGGAAUCUCCUCUCUGUGGGUUACAAAAAUGUCAUUGGAGCACGCCGAGCUUCCUGGCGCAUUAUGUCCUCAAUCGAGCAGAAGGAAGAGUCCAAAGGAAAUGAGCAUAAUGUGAAACUAAUCAAAAGUUAUCGGCAGAAUGUAGAGGAAGAGCUUUCCAAGAUCUGCAACGACAUCUUGACCAUCAUAGAUGGGCACCUGAUCCCUUCUUCAAGCUCUGGAGAGUCAACUGUUUUCUACUACAAGAUGAAGGGAGAUUAUUACCGUUACCUGGCGGAGUUUAAGACUGACCAAGAAAGAAAAGAAUCUGCGGAUCAAUCAUUGAAGGGCUACCAGGCUGCUUCUGCCACGGCAAGUACAGAUCUUCCCCCAACUCAUCCAAUCCGCUUGGGUCUUGCCCUAAACUUCUCUGUCUUCUACGAUGAGAUUCUGAAUUCCCCUGAGAGGGCCUGCCAUUUGGCAAAACAAGCAUUUGACGAGGCUAUUGCAGAAUUGGACACCCUGAGUGAGGAGUCAUACAAGGAUAGCACCUUGAUCAUGCAGCUGUUGAGGGACAACCUUACCCUCUGGACUUCUGAUUUGCCUGAAGAUGGAGGUGAAGAGGGUACUAAGUUCGAGGAGACUAAAGCUGCAGAACCUGAGCAUUGACGAGACUUCCAAAUUUUUGCACAUCUUAAGCUGGUUGGUUUCAGGGAUGUCGUUUAUAGAUCUUGAAGUUGACUUAGAAGCAGAGCAAUUUUAGCUUUUCUUCUUUGGGGUUGGGGAUAGAGGGGAGGACUCACUGUAGUAGCUGGUAUUAUUUCAUGGGCUUUCUUUAUGGCCUUGAGAUUAGUUAGUUCGUUUGGCUUGAUUU